AGUAUUUUCUAAACCAUCAAUCAUCAUAUCAUAUCACUCAAUAAACUACUACCAAAAGUAAUGGCUUCAACUUCAACCACCACAUUAUAUUUACACUUUCUGUUAACAUUCUCAUUGUUUUGUUCAUUCCAUAAUCAAUUAACCUUUGCUUUCACUUCACAAGACUACCAUGAAGCUCUUGAAAAAUCCAUUCUUUUCUUUGAAGGACAACGAUCCGGAAGACUACCGUCCAAUCAAAAACAAACUUGGAGGGGAGAUUCUGGCUUAUCAGAUGGCUCUUCUUAUCAUGUGGACCUAGCUGGUGGUUAUUAUGAUGCUGGUGACAAUGUUAAGUUUGGUCUUCCAAUGGCUUUUACUACUACAUUAUUAGCAUGGAGUGUCAUUGAAUUUGAAAACUCAAUGCAAGACCAAAUUGAAAAUGCUAGAGCUGCUAUCCGUUGGAGCGCGGAUUAUCUUCUUAAGGCAGCCACCACAACUCCAGACACGUUAUAUGUUCAAGUUGGAGAGCCUAACAUGGAUCAUAGGUGUUGGGAAAGACCAGAGGAUAUGGACACUCCUCGCAACGUGUAUAAGGUAUCAGCUCAAAACCCGGGUUCUGAUGUAGCGGCGGAGACUGCAGCUGCAUUGGCAGCUUCUUCGUUAGUCUUCAAAGAUUCUGAUCCGACCUAUUCCUCCCAAUUGCUUCAAGCAGCCAUCAAUGUAUUCAAUUUUGCAGACCGUUACCGAGGCUCUUACAGUGACUCUCUUAAUUCAGUUGUCUGUCCAUUUUACUGUUCUUACUCUGGAUACCAUGAUGAGUUACUUUGGGGUGCAUCAUGGAUUUAUAAAGCUUCUGGAAUGAACUCCUACAUGGAAUUCAUACAAUCCAACGGCCACAUAUUAGGCGCCGAUGAUGACGGUUACACUUUCAGUUGGGAUGACAAAAGACCAGGAACUAAAAUCUUACUUUCAAAGGAAUUCUUGGAGAAAAAUUCUGAUGAGUUUCAGUUAUACAAGGCUCAUGCAGACAAUUAUAUUUGUUCUUUAAUACCAGGAAGUCCUGGUUUCCAGGCUCAAUAUACCUCAGGCGGCCUUCUGUAUAAAGGGAGUGAGAGCAAUUUACAGUAUGUGACAACUACAACCUUCCUUCUAUUAACGUACGCCAAGUAUCUCAACUCAAAUGGAGGUGCUGUCUCGUGUGGUACAUCAAAAAUCACAGAACAAAGUCUCAUAAAAUUGGCGAAAAAACAAGUUGAUUACAUUUUGGGUGAAAAUCCAUCAAAGAUGUCUUAUAUGGUUGGUUUUGGAGAGAAAUAUCCAAAGCAUAUUCACCAUAGAGGUUCCUCUUUACCUUCGAUCCACGCGCAGCCUCAAAAGAUUUCUUGUAACAAUGGUUUUCAAUACCUUCAUACCGGUUCACCUAAUCCAAAUGUUCAUGUUGGAGCUAUCGUUGGUGGUCCUGAUAGCCGCGACAAUUUCUCUGAUGACAGAGAUAAUUAUCAACAGUCAGAGCCGGCAACUUAUAUUAAUGCACCUUUUGUUGGAGCUCUUGCUUUUUUCUCUAACCAAGAAUGAAGUUAGUUACCAAUAAUCACAUGAAAGACACGUUUAACUAAAAGAAUGUUGGUGAUAGAUAGAUCCAUUUAGUUAACUAGUUUAAGUACAAUCUCUCUAUUAGUUAGUACUAAUCAAUCUCUCUACAUGUCAUUAGGUAAAUUAAUGUGGAAGUUUCUAUAGUAUUACUGUAAACUUUUAACUAAAUCAGUACUAAAUUAAUGUGUAACUCUUUAUAUCAAGCAAAAACUAUAUAUUGGUCUUUCGUGAACAAAUUUAAUAUUAGUCAAUGUUAAAUAUCACCUCCAAUUUGGGCUUUAGCCCUCUUUUUUACCAAAAAAAAAUAAUAUCAGGUCCAAUAUUAUAUAUACGAAUAACAAGGUUUGCUUUAGAAGUUAAAACUAAGGCCUAAGACAUCAUGAUGUUAUUUUGCCAUUUUUAUAACGAAGGAAACUUACUUCAUUUCAUCGCGAAUAAAAUGUUUAAUACGUGUAGGAAUAUAAUGAUAGUAGUGAGGGUUAGAUGUAUAUGUGGCCACCCUUGCUAAGAUGCGAGCCAACUCAUUUUCUUUCUGCGAACAAAAUAGACCGCACCAGCAUGACCAAAGUGCACCUCACACAUUGCUCGAUAGAUGCCUGCAUAGCUGAGAAGAUAGAUGAAAGAAAACAGCUCUCAG